GCUUACCUUACCCUUUGGCAUUGCCCUUCCAAGGUACAUACAGACUUACGGCUUGGACGCCGCCAUAGGUUGGCUGCGGCGCAGAUCUUUCUUCUAGAUCCCUUUCUCCGCGACAAUGGCCCUGCCAGGCCAGGCCACUCCUGAGGGCGUUCCCGCCUUUAAACUGGUGCUAGUUGGUGAUGGUGGCACUGGCAAGACUACCUUCGUGAAGCGCCAUAUCUCCGGCGAGUUCGAGAAGAAGUAUGAGCCAACCAUUGGCGUGGAGGUCCGGCCGCUGGACUUCACCACUAACCGUGGCAAGAUUCGCUUCUACUGCUGGGACACCGCUGGCCAGGAAAAGUUCGGCGGCCUGCGCGACGGGUACUAUAUUCAUGGGCAGUGCGCCAUUAUCAUGUUCGACGUCACUUCGCGCUUGACCUAUAAGAACGUUCCCACCUGGCACCGCGACCUCUGCCGCGUUUGCGAGAACAUCCCCAUCGUGCUGUGCGGCAACAAGGUGGACGUCAAGAACCGCCAGGUGAAGCCCAAGCAGGUCACCUUCCACCGGAAGAAGAACCUGCAGUACUAUGAGAUCUCUGCCAAGUCCAACUACAACUACGAGAAGCCCUUCCUGUACCUGGCGCGCAAGCUGACCGGUGACCCCCACCUAAGCUUCGUGGAGGAGGUGGCCCUGCCGCCCCCCGAGGUCAACAUCGACCUCGCCGAGCAGCAGCGGAACGAGCAGGAGCUCGAGCAGGCGGCGCAGCAACCCCUGCCCGCGGACGAUGACGAUGAGCUGCUCGACUAAGCGUGGGUUGCGGAGCAUUGGACGGACGUACAUCGCCUUGACUCGUGGGGCUCAUUCGAUUCGCGCAGGCGGCGGCAGCAGCAGCAGGAGUCAGCAUUGCUACGUAUGCGCGCAUACGCGUUUUAGGGCGGACGUAGACGGGGUUGGAAACCGUACAGAACUCUCUAGGUUAGGGCUUUAGGCAGUUUUUGAGUGUUGCCUGGAUGGCGUGAACUAGGCUUGCGGUCUGUGCUUCUGCACCAGCAUGGGGGGCCGCUUAGAGUGUGGACAGGUUGGGUGGUAGACGCGCUUGUUUGCCGUUAAGCUGUGUAC